GACAGGCUUUUAUAUUUUCUGUUUUAUUUUUUUUGGUGAGUGUAAUUAAUUGAGCAUCAAGAAUGAAGGGUUCUUCACCAAAAGCAGGAAGCAACAAUUAUGAUUACUCUUUCAAGAUUUUGUUGGCUGGUGAUUGUGGUGUUGGAAAGAGCAGUCUUCUGCUCAGCUUCAUCUCCAACUUUGUACAAGACCUGUCUCCCACCAUUGGUGUGGAUUUCAAGAUCAAACAGCUUUUAGUUGGUGGGAAGAGAUUGAAGCUUACAAUAUGGGACACAGCUGGACAGGAGAGGUUUGGAACAGUUAUAAGUUCUUACUACAGAGGUGCACAUGGAAUUAUUCUUGUGUAUGACGUGACACGGCGAGAAACCUUUACAAAUUUGUCGAAUAUCUGGGCAAAGGAAGUAGAGACGUACUCCACUAAUCCUGAGUGUAUCAAAAUUCUAGUUGGGAAUAAAGUUGACAGGGAAAAUGAGAGGGCUGUAAGUAGAGAAGAGGGAAUGGCUCUUGCACAGGAGCAUAAAUGUCUGUUUCUUGAAUGUAGUGCUAAAUCUAGAGAAAAUGUUCAACAAUGUUUCAGAGAUCUCACAUUGAAGAUGCUGGAGGUGCCAAGUUUACUGGAAAGUGGAUCUGUAGAUGUGAAGAGACAAAUUUUGAAGCAGAAACAAGAAGACCAGAUGCCUUGCAGUGGUAAUUGCUGCUCUCAAUGAAAAUGUUAGAAAACAACAGCACAAGAAUUGGUGUGUAACGACAGUUCGGCGGCCUAUGCUCUUCAGAGGGCUUUUCUAAAGAAAUUGUCAUCACUUCCAUUACAAUUUUAGCAACUAUGGGUUCAGAAACAGUCCUGGUUGUUUCUAAGUUGAAUUUAGCUUACUCAGAAGGUGUUAAGAGUUUGCUUAGGGUAUUUCGAAAAAUACACAUUACAGGUACUGGUUGUAUAAACAAUAUAAACAGAGGCCCUGUGUGACUAUCCAUAAAUCUCUGUAAAUUACAAAAAAUGUACAGGAACUGCAUAAAUACAGAAAAUGGCUUCGAUGUACACACAAAAA